AUGCCGGCCCAUUCACCGCCAUCGCCCACCCUCAAGCCGACGAAGCGCCCGCGCCAAGGCUCCUACGAUGGCGAUGUAUCCCCGCCCCCCUCCGCUGGCAUCGACCAGAGCCCGUCCGCAGCCGAGCAAAACGAUCCAAUGGCCAAUGCCGGCGCGACCCUGGCUUCCGCCGACAAGAAUGGAGGAGGCGGAGGCGGCGGAGGAGGAAAGGCAGGCCAGAGCAGCAACUUCCGCAACGUGAGCGCCUGUAACCGCUGCCGCCUACGGAAGAACAGAUGCGAUCAGAAACUGCCCAGUUGUGCGAGCUGCGCAAAGGCUGGCGUCGCGUGCGUGGGCUACGACCCCAUCACCAAGAAAGAGAUUCCGAGAAGCUACGUCUUCUACUUAGAAACCCGCAUCGAGCAGCUAGAAGCUCUGCUCGCCAACCAUAACAUACCAUUUCCACCUGCUGAGAACCUGGAGCUCUGCUCACGCCCUGGUGCGGAGAUCGCAAGGUCAACGACUGAUGCUGCCCCCUCGGCGCGCUCCGAGAGUAUUGACGGGCCCGGGCCAGCCAAAAACAGCGUGCACCGCCCCGACUUGGAAAAGGCCAAAAAGGCAGAGAGCGGUGGCACGGGGAUGCUUGAUAUCGUCAGCCCAUCCAAACCGCGGUCACUGGCAUCAGCCUCGGGGGUCUCCUUCAAUCGCGUGGUCUUCGCCGCUGUGCAAUACUCCGUGUCGGAUCACAACGGGACGCAGGAUCGAAUCGGGGGCAAGGGCCUACCGAUCGGCAGCGGCACAUCGAUGCGCGACUCCUUCUUCGGUUUGCACACGAAGCCCACGAUCCGGCCGGCAAACUUCCCUGACAAAGACGUGGGGAUGAGGCUUGUGACUCUCUAUUUUGAGCAUGCGAAUCCCCAAAUCCCCAUUCUGCACCGAGGGGAGUUUAUGCACAUGUUCGACCAGGCGUACGCUGAACCGAGUGGGCCAAAGGGACCCCGAGAGCUGUACAUGCUGAACAUGGUCUUUGCGAUUGGAUGCGGUGUAAUUGUGGGCGAGCCGGUGAAGUCUGAGGGCUCAGGCGCUGGGCCGCGGAACCCAGCGGAUGCGAAUAAGUUUGGCCAGGCACAGCCGGAGGAGUACCACGCGAGCGCCAUCGUGCAUCUCGAGGCUUGCCUUGGUAAUAGCGGCGGUGGCUUGGAAGUGUUGCAAGCUGUGCUGCUGUUGGCCAACUUUGCACUCCUGCGACCCGUUCCACCUGGCCUGUGGUACAUCAUUGGCGUUGCUGUGCGGUUAGCCGUAGAUCUAGGCUUGCAUUAUGAAGAUGGGAGCGACGUGGAACCGGCAAUGCGAGAUCUAGUAAAGGACGAGAACGGCGAAGUGAACGAAGCGAGAAACGCCCAGUCACGCGAGAGGGGUCGACGGCUGUACAUCCGCGACAUGAGGCGGAGGCUUUGGUGGUGCACCUACUCCCUGGAUCGUCUGGUGAGCACUUGUGUCGGACGACCAUUCGGAAUCAGCGACCAGGUCAUUACGACCGAGUUCCCCUCGCUGUUGGACGAUCAGUACAUCGCGUCGACGGGAUUCUUGGAGAGGCCUGCCGACUCGUCCGAGCCGAGCUACAAGCAUGUAGCCUAUCACUACUUCAAGCUGCGGCUGCUGCAGUCCGAGAUCCUGCAAGUGCUGCAGUAUAACCAGACGCAGGUCGUGCGGGCCUCGGGCCAGAACCUGACCAACUCGGACAUGCACACCCACCUGCCGUCGCCGUUCCUCGUCAAGUUCGACUCGUUCCGCUCCUGGCGCAUCGAUAUUGACCGCAGGCUAUACCAGUGGAAGAACUCGGCGCCGACGCGGGAAGAGACGGGCGUGGCUUUUUCGACCGAGUUCUUGGAACUCAACUACUGGCAGGCCAUCAUCAUGCUCUACCGCCAGAGUCUGAGCGUGCCCGCCAUGUUCGAGGGCGAGUACAACACUUCUAAUGAGGUGAACAGCCCAACGGCGUUUCAGGCGGAGCUGCGGGAAGAUGAGGACAGGAUCUAUCUCAAGGUCGCCGAGGCCGGGCAAAAGAUCCUGCGCAUCUACCGCCAACUGCACCUGAGCGGGCUGGUCAGCUAUACUUAUUUGUCGACUCAUCAUCUGUUCAUGGCCGGCAUAUCCUACCUCUACGCCAUCUGGCACUCGCCCAUUGUCAGAAGCCGAUUGACAAUGGAUGAAGUGGACUUCACCAUUCUGGCCGCCAAGUCCGUCUUCACCGACCUGAUCGACAAGUGCCCGCCAGCCGAGACCUGCUGCGACGCCUUUGAUCGCACCGCAAAGGCCACCAUCAAGAUGGCCAAUUCGACCGGCGGCUUCAACUCGGUGCCGCCGCGCAAGAUGCGCGAGAGACAGUUCGAGUGGAGCUCCGCCUCCGGCGACGGGGCGUCGACAUCGACAGCUAGCGUCGCGCCGCGCCGCCGUCACCAGCAACACCAGUCGUCGUCGCAGGGCAACUUCCAGAUGGACCUGGCGCUGUCCGACACCCUCUCCUCGCCGAGCCUCUCCGUCGCCGGCGACCUCCCACCGCGCCAUUCCCCGCGCGCAACGGACUUCAGCAACAUGAUGGCACCUAGCCAGGGUAGCCCCUCGGAAAUCGACCCUUCUUUUGUGGCCUCGCCACCGGUGCCACGUCAGGUGGCGGCACAGCGGACCAGCAGCGGCGGUUCUUUCUUAAACCAACAGCAGCAGCAAGGGUCGUCAUCGUACAGCGUGGAUUACCCAGACAUACAGACCAUGGACUUCUUCCAGAGUCUACAGGGCGGCAACCCCAACGGCGAGCUCGGCGGGUCCGGGGACGUGACGACGCCGCAGCUCGAUCUGGGUUUCGGCCUCUAUUGGGACAACAUGCACCACGACUUUAGCGACGGCCAGCAGCUGGCCAUUUUCGACGGCUUCUUCUUUGGAGGGCAGCAGCAGUCGCAGGCGCAGCAGCAGCAACAGCUACAGCAACAAUCCCCGGAUCAGCAGCAGCAGCAGCAGCAGGGUCUGAACGGGAACGCCAACGGGCGAAGUGGGAUAUGA